UAUCCCUUAAAUAAUGUCAUUUGAAGGGACCUAAGAAGUGCACCGUCUCUGUGACAAUACCUAUUUUUUGGAUUAUUUCCCCCACCUAGAGGUUUAGAUUCCAUUCAAGCCUUAAGUGCUUUUUUAAAAACAGAUUUUCCCAUGCAAACUGAGGGGGAGUUUUCCCAUUGGCAUGCAGCGUGUUUCAAUUGUGAGUCGGGAUGAGCCCACCCUUUGCUCCAGCUCAUGCCUUAUUGGGGAUAUGAAAGAAGCCCCCAAUUGGGCUUCCUCCAGACAACGAUGAUGUCACCGGAUAAUCCUUUCAAUCUGGAAGUGCCUUGGUGCUUCCAACAUGAAGUUGAUAUGACCUCCCCAGAUGAGAUGGGUGGCACAUAAAUCAAAUAAUUUUGUUCAAAUCCAACCAACCAAGUUCAAACAGUGUGAAAACUUGCAAAUAUAUCCAGAAUCUCUUACAGCUACAAUGCAAAAGCAGAUAUUUAAUAUAGAUGACAAUUGUCAAACUGGAAAAAAUGUGCCACAGAUGUACAAAGAACGUGAGAAAAAACCAGUAAAUACAUUUCCAUUUUCAAUCCAUGACAAUAGACAUAGUUUAUUGACUAUGGGAGAGUAUUUAGAUUGUGGACUAGGAGUAAGAAAAUUUCAAGACAAGCGUCAACACUAUUCGCAAAACUACUAUUUUUUGGCCCAUGAACAAAUUCCGAGCAGCAAUGCCUACCAUUCUGUUUAUCAGUCUUCAUUUGUCCAAUAUCCAGAUAUUAAAAGUUCCAUUCUCGGUCGCUUUCCUAAAAGCCAUGUCGAUAAAUGCAUGGCUCUACAUUCUGCACCUAAGAAUGAUUACAUGUGGUUUUCAAAAUUUAACACUGGUUCUAACCAUCUAGCACCUACAGAGGCUACUAAAAGCUCAGAACCUGAAAAUCUUUCAACUGCUGAAGAAGAAAUAAAAUAAUUUUUCAGGUUUUCAUAGUAGUGAAGCAUAUUUCAUGUAGGACUGAAAAAUACUUUUUAAAAAAGAACACAAGGGAUCCGAUCUUUCUUUGGAAUGAUUUCCAGAACUGAAAUUGCAUUAGCGUCAUGGCAAUUGGAUGAGUGAUUGUAUUCAUACACUUUAUUUUCUUAAAAGAUCAAUGCUGCCGUAGGAAAAGGAAACUUUUUAAUGUUGCUUUGAAUAUACAUUUAGUUUUCCUGUCUCAAGUUAAAUAUU